AACCUUGCAAUUGAUAUAGACAAACAAGAAUUGCUCUAAAAAUAAGACCUUAGAACUGCUGCGCUGGCCCUUUAAAGGAGUUUGUUUUUUUUUUUCUCUCUCUCUCAUAUAUAAACUUGUUUGUCAGCAAUAUUCUUUCCUUGGUGCCUUCUCCUCCCAAACCUCCCCGCAGGGGGUGAGAAAAUCACCUAAAACUCCUUCAUUCAUAUUUCAUGUCCUCGAUCAUGGAAACACAACCUGAAUGCGCUGUCAUCAACAUCCCAAACAUAAAAACAGAGCAACAUGUGUCCGUGUCCCCAAAGAAGAAGAACGGUGGCGGCAUGCGCUUUCUCAGGGUGGCACUCUUCAAGAUGCGAGGGCGUUCCGCAAAACCAACCGCGCUUCAGGUGGAUAAUAAUGAGGAUGGUGAGAGGUCCAAGAGCACUUGGGGGAAGUUUGUGGGGUCCAUGAGGCCAUUGCACCUUCAAAGCACCCAAUCUCCACGCUCAUCACCUGAUUCUCCAUCUGAAUAUAAAUCGGAUUGCGGCGGCUAUGUUUCUGAUUUUGGGGCGGAGGAGGAGCCUUAUUCGCCUUCCCCACCUAGUAGCCGUUACGCUUCAGCCGUAGGGUUGAACGAACUCGUUCAAAAUGACGAGGAAAAUGAGAAGCAAGAGGUGAUUGUGGAGGACUACGAGCAACACGUUGAUGGAGACGGGGAUGAGAUGAUUGAUGCCAAGGCUGAGGAUUUCAUUGCUCAGUUCUACCAAGAAAUGAAGCUGCAACGUUUGGAUUCCGUGGAUCGUCGUUACGUUGAGCGAAGCCAAAGGUCAUUGGGUUUGUGAUGUACGUACGUGUGUAUUAAUGGAUAUUUAAGACUCAAAUCACUUGUAAAUGCAUGCAUUUGGUGUUUCUUGUCUUUUUCCCUAGCUAAUUAAAAUAUAACAUGUGAUUAAGAUGUCAUUUUUAAUUAAGGGACAAGAAUUAGACAUGAAUAAGAAAGAAUCUAUAUAUAUAUGUGUGUGAUAUGAGUUUAAUUGGAUAUUAUAUUCCUUUUUUGUUUUUGGUUCUCUUCAUUUGUUCUUGUUGAUGGGGGAUGUUGAAGGCGUCAAGAUAGAUACUAUUUUUGCUUGAUGAGGAACAGGAACAUGAAGAUGGCAUGGGCAAAGGUAGAGGGAUCAUGAAGAAAAUAUUUUCUUUUAUUUGGAGUUUUUCUGGUCUUAGGGAGAUGAAUGAAGUGCAGUGUUGCAAUUUAUUUGUUUCUUUUAGGUGAUUCUUAAAUGAAAAAAACUUUUAUGGUGAGGGAAAUUCAUUUCA